UCUAAUACUCGUAUUACUCGCAACUCACCAAUCGAAAUGAUGCAUUGAAAAUUUUAAACUUCCGCGGUGGUGUACCUUUCUUAUAAUAUUUUGUAUACACUAUACAGUAUAAUACAUACUUCUGUACCUACCGCACGUUUUAAUGUUAUUUAUUAUUUCGGUUGACCGGACGAUCGCCACCUGUGUUUAGCUCUAAUUUAUACUUACACCGGAGUUACACCGUCCUGCAGUCGUAUUAUAUAAAAUAAGUAGGUAUUAGUCGUAUUACUUACGUGUUAUCGAUUUAAUCGUAUUCAGCUGACUAUAUAUUUGUUCAUUAUACACGAACACAUCACAUAAGCAAACUGAAAGACAUCGCGGAACAAUGUUCGUUUAUUGGACGGUUAUCACUAUGCUGUGUUUGAGUCCGCUGCAGCAGCGGCGUUGGAACGGAGUUUCAUCGUUGAUGUAUCCGCACGACUACGGUCCGACGCUGUUCACGGACGCCAAUAACAUGAUGUUCGACUUCAUAGUGGUGGGCGGCGGUAGUGCAGGUGCCACGGUCGCGGCCCGCCUCAGCGAGAUACCCGAAUGGAAUGUGCUGCUGCUUGAGGCGGGUGGUGACCCACUGGCCAACACGGAAACGCCUCUCAGGUUCAGCGAUUUUUUAACGAGCGAGGUCGACUGGACGUUUAUCACCGAACCCGAACCGCACCUGUUCGGGGGCUUGGAACGCGGCCGGUGCCAGUUGUCUAGGGGCCUGAUGCUGGGUGGAUCAUCGUCCAUGAACGCCAUGAUGUACUUGCGGGGCACCAAGCGUGACUUUGACGAAUGGGAGCGGCUGGGCAAUACGGGCUGGGGGUUCGGUGACGUGUUGCCGUACUUCAUCAAGUCGGAGAAUUUCACGGGUAGUGUUGGUCGGCGGGACGCAGUUUCACACGGUCGCGGCGGCCCGCUUACGGUCAGUCCGCUGGUUUCCAUCGACCCGGCGUAUUCGGCAGUCACCGACGGCAACCGGCUGCUCCGAUUGGCAGAGUUGGAUGACAUAAACCGGUUCGCACCCCCCGCAAUUGGGUACGGCCCGAUGGACUUCACGGUACGAGACGGUCUCCGGUGCAGCACGCUCAAGGCGUUCCUGUUGCCGGCCAGUGGACGGCCAAAUCUGUUCGUGGCGAAAAAUGUCAGGGUGACCCAGGUGAUGAUGCAGCGAAUCUCGGCACCCGGUGGUGAAAACUGCACAAGGGCGGUGGGCGUGAAGUACGUCACACCGUCGGGGCGAGCGAAGCACGUGUACGCAUCCCGGGAAGUGAUACUUUCCGCGGGCGUGAUUAUGAGCCCUCAGAUUCUCAUGGUGUCGGGCGUGGGACCCGCGGAACACUUGCGCCAACAUGGAAUCCACGUAAUCAGUGACUUACCGGUAGGCUACAACUACCAGGACCACGUUUCGUUCGCUGGACUUGUGUUCAGUGACCGGAAGAACCGAUCCCGGGCCGACAUAUCUCGCGAGAGCACCGACCUGGUCCGGGCCACGUUGGACUUGGUGUCUGCAGGUGUAGGAACAUUGGGCCUGACAAACCUCGUGAGCUUUGUCGACACCGCGGCAAAAGGACGCGCUGACAUACAGGUCGUAUACCUCAGAUUCGCGUACAACAGCACGAGAAACACACCGAACAAACGGAGCAGGAUGUCAAAUAUGUUCGGGUACUCAGAUCGAGUAGCAAGGCUGUACGAUGAUCUGAACAUUCUAAGUGACUCUGUGUUAGCGAUACCGAUCAACGUCGAUGGCCGGAGCACCGGACGUGUGGUUCUGCGGUCUGGUGACCCGAUGGCGCGUCCGAAAAUCUACACCAAUUACUUGUCACACGAUGAUGAGAUCGAGACGCUGCUGCGUGGAAUCGAUUUUGUUGUGGAACUGUCAAAAACCAAACCGAUGGUGGAUGCGGGACUAGUUCUGGAACCGGUCGCGUUUCCAGACUGCAUGGCUCACGCCUGGGGAACGAGGGACUAUUGGGUGUGCGCAAUCCGCAACGUCGGCACAUCGUUCUAUCACCCGGUCGGCACAUGCCGAAUGGGCCCUGCCCGCGAUCACCGGUCGGUAGUUGACACCAUGCUAAACGUGAAGGGCGUACGCGGUCUCCGGGUGAUUGACAGCUCAAUAAUGCCCAAAGUCGUUUCGGUAAACACGAAUGCCGCAACCAUAAUGAUCGCCGAAAAGGGAUCGGACAUAAUAAAAAAAUGUUACGGUAAACUCGUGUAAUAUGUAAUAUUAUAAUAUGAUGUAGAAUAUUACGUGUACAGACGUCGUCUGCUGUGGACUUUUUGGACUAAAUAAUAUUAGGACAUAAUAGUACUAUACUAUGAUAAAUUGUUGUUUCAUUAUUUAUAUUAAACCAGAGUCAACAGGCCACAAAGCCCAAACCAUAGUUGUAGGUACUGUGAGUACGACAAGGUAUAUUCAAUUAAUGCUGAUUGUAUUGGGAUUAAUUUACAAUUUUCAAGUUACAUUUACAUAGAUUAAUAGGUUAGGUUAAUAUAUUAGGUACCAUAUGCUAAAAGAAAAGUGGCUGAACAAGUUUGAACCCGCUCGACACGUAUUUUAAGAGAAACCUGUUAGUGUUAUAAGAGCAUUGAAGCUUGCAGGUGGCAGUCGCUAUAUGCUAAUGAAAGUUUUGUCGAGUAGACAAUUCCUAGAUCUAUUUUGUAGAGGGCGUUAUAUUAUACGGAGGGGUGACUGUCUUCUUAGUGUAUUAUUUUAAUUUGAAUUAAACACUAUCUAUACUGGUUUUAUUGUUAACUUAUUUGCAUUCUUGUAAAGUAUUCGAAUAAAAGUAUUUGAAUACUUUUA